AUGAUGUCCCUCCGCACUCUCGCUCGCUCCGUGCCUCGCACCAUCUCGCGCUCUGUCGCCGUCUCUUCCCGCUCCGCCAUUUCCCGGCCGGUGUCCGCAGUCCCCAAGAAUGCCUUCCAGUCCUCUCUGAAGCAGAUUACGAGACCUUCCUAUGCUGCUUUCUCGACGUCCCGCGCUUUCAAGCAGUCCCCUGCCGAAGGCGAUGUUGAGCUCGUCGCCAAGCUUGAGGACGAACUGAAGCACGAGAAGGCUUCUGGCCUUGAGGACCUCGAGUCCUCCGUUCAGAACAUCCAGUAUGUUCUUCAGAACAACUCUUGGGAGGUCAAGGACGUCCCUGGUGAGCAGGAGGUUGUCCUGACGAAGAAGUUCGGCAACGAGGAGAUCCGCCUCACCUUCACUGUCGCCGACCUUCAGAACCUCAGCGAGCAGGAGGACUUCGAUGAUGCUGCUCUCGAUGAGAUGGACUUCGGUGGCCACCAGCCCGUCAACCAGGGCCGCUCUGGCAACGUCUCUCAGCACGCUGAGGACCGCGUCGCUCCCGCUGACCGCGAGGGCGAUGAGUUGGACCGCGACCUUGAGCCUAGCUUCCCUGCCCGUGUCAACAUCACCGUUGAGAAGCCCAGCAACGGCGCCCUCCUGAUCCAGACUGUUGCUCAGGACGGCCUGUUCCAGAUCGAAGAGGUCUCCUACUUCAACAAGUCCGACCUGGCCCACGCCCAGACUGCCGAGAAGGACUGGACCAGACAGAGCAUGUACGCUGGUCCUCCCUUCGAGAACCUCGAUGAGGACCUGCAGACCUUCCUCGAGCGCUACCUCGAUGAGAGGGGCAUUAACGCCGAGCUUGCCAACAUGAUCCCCGACUACAUCCAGGUUAAGGAGCAGAAGGAGUACGUUCGCUGGCUCGAGAACGUCAAGAACUUCGUCUCCGCUUAA